AUGUGCCCAACAAGGCAUAAAAAAAGCUCGAGGGUUCUGAUUUUGUGGUAUUUAAAUACAAGUGUCAUUGGGGCUAUCGAUGGUACACAUAUAAAUGUAAAAGCUUCAUUGAAACAAGCUGAUAGUUAUACUUAUUGUAAAAUUGGUAAAAGUAUGAUUGUACAAGCAGUAUGCACAGAGGGAAAAAUAUUCACCAAUAUUUCAGUAGGAUUUCCUGGCCGCAUUCAUGAUGCAAGAGUAUUGGUUAAUUCAGAAUUAUAUAAACAAGUAACCGAAAAUGGGCAAAGUUCUCUAUUUUACAAUAAAUAUCAUCUGUUAGGAGACACAGCAUAUCCCAACCGAGAAUGGUUAAUCACUCCAUUUAAAAAUUAUGGAAAAAUAACACGCCGAAAAACCAAAUUCAACUACCUCCAUGCUAAAACUAGAGUUGCCAUUGAAUGUGCAUUUCGCUUAUUAAAAGGACGCUGGAGAAGAUUAUAUAUGAAUAAAACAAAGAUUGAAAAUGCUCCAAAAGUCAUCCUAACUUCUUACUUUUUACAUAACUUUUGUUUGGUAAACAACGAUUCAAUGAGUGCAAUUUUAACAGACUAUCAAAAAAUGCAAACACCGCAAGUGGUUAUUAGAGAAGACUAA